UGAGUGAGCCAAAACUAACUGACUUCAAUAUUUUCCAUUACGUGACAAAAUCCCAACUCCCACAUAUUGACAACUCCUUGGCCGGCUACUUCACAUGCCCCCAAAAUCCAUCAGAAAUCUCACCUUUAAUUUUCUCUCUCUGCCUCUGAUAAAGAAGAUGCAGUGCUAUUAAUCCGUUUUGUAGCCUUUGUAAAGUUUUUUCUUAUGAGAAGUCCUUAUUCAUGCCAACCAGUCUCUCUUUUGCCCCAAUUUUGACUUUAAUUAACAGCCGAUCGACGAGAUAUAUAUAUUGAGAUUUUCCUCACCAGUCAUUUUACUCUUUAAACAAAAAAGUUGAACAGUCAAUUAUUGUUGAUUCAUUUCCAGAAUAUUGCAAAAAGUUCUCUCUGCACUGCUAUUAGCCACUAGCAAACCAAUAAUGGAUCGCUUCCCAAUAAAAUUGUUCAGGUACCACUACUACUAGUCUAGUCUUUUUCUCUUGUCUUCUCUACUUAUUUCUCAAAAAAAAAAAAAAGUUCAUUUGGAAAUACUUUUCUCUAAUUCCUUCCUCUCAUGAUGCAAUUUACUGAGAGUUUACCUCCACAAGUUUCAUCAUUUUCAAGUUUGAUGAUGAAUAAGAAUAGUAAUACUAAUAAUAAUCAGAUCCAACACGCGCGCCCAUGGCCUGGUUUUCACACAUCGAAGAAUUUGGGAAACAUUGGGGAUACUAAUUGCAUGGAACAAUUGUUAGUCCAUUGCGCCAACGCCAUCGACAGCAAUGACGCAACUUUAGCACAACAAAUAUUGUGGGUCCUUAAUAACAUUGCCCCUCCUGAUGGUGACUCGAACCAACGCCUAACUUGUGGAUUCCUCCGAGCCCUAAUUCUUCGCGCUGCGAAAAUUGGGACCUGCAAAUUACUCACUGCUAAUCUGAAUCAUUCAAUGGAAACUCAUAAAUUCUCCAUUAUUGAGCUUGCAAGUUUCGUUGACUUAACCCCGUGGCAUCGGUUCGGGUUCACGGCUGCUAACGGAGCUAUAUUAGAAGCUGUGGAAGGUUACUCUAUUAUUCACAUUGUUGAUUUUAGCUUAACUCAUUGCAUGCAAAUUCCAACACUUAUAGAUGCAAUUUCUACUCGAGUAGAAGGACCGCCGUUAAUCAAACUAACGGUAGCUGGUGCAACCGAAGAUUUACCGCCUAUGCUUGAUCUUUCUUACGAAGAAUUAGGUGCUAAAUUGGUAAAUUUCGCAAGGUCACGAAAUGUCAUGAUGGAAUUUAGAGUAAUUCCUUCGAGUUCAUCAGACGGUUUUUCGAAUGUAAUCGAACAGCUACGUGUCCAAAAUCUAAUACGUCCUGAUAAUGGCGAAGCACUAGUAAUAAACUGUCACAUGAUGCUUCAUUACAUACCGGAGGAAACAACGCUUCUUUCCAAUUCAUUCCGCGCCAUGUUUCUUAAGGCCAUUCGGAAUUUGGACCCAACCAUUGUUGUGCUAGUAGAUGAAGACGCGGAUUUUACUUCUAAUAAUCUCGUGUGCAGAUUAAGAUCCGCGUUUAAUUAUUUAUGGAUACCUUAUGAUACAGUGGAUACAUUUCUUCCGCGAGGGAGCAAGCAAAGGCAGUGGUACGAAGCGGAUAUUUGCUGGAAGAUUGAGAAUGUGAUAGCUCAAGAGGGUAUACAACGACUAGAAAGGCUGGAGCCGAAGAGUCAGUGGGUGCAACGGAUGAGAAAUGCAAAUUUCAGGAGCAGUGGAUUUAGUGAAGAGGGAGUUACGGAAGUGAAGAACAUGUUGGAUGAGCAUGCAGCUGGGUGGGGGCUAAAGAGGGAUGAAGAAGAUCUUGUGCUUACAUGGAAAGGACAUAAUGUUGUGUUUGCUACUGCUUGGGUUCCUCUUUAGUUAAUUAAUUUCAUUUGACUUAGCUAUUAA